AGAAAGGUCUUAGGAGUCUCAAAGUACAGUUGAGUGUUAAAUGCUUGGUGCAGCCUGUAAUGGCUUUGCCUCAAGGAACAUAUGAAACCUUGGAUGACAUCCCAGCCCAUGUGUGGAAGGGGCUGCCAAACAGCAUGAAGCUGGGACCAUCAGCUGUCAACCCCAAUCGCAUUGGUGUCUGGGCAUCUAGAUUAAUACCUAAAGGCAAAAGGUUUGGACCAUUUGUGGGAGAACGAAAGAAGAGAUCUCAAGUGACGAGCAAUGUUUACAUGUGGGAGGUAUAUUUUCCAGCCUCGGGGUGGAUGUGUGUAGACGCCACGGAUCCAAUGAAAGGAAACUGGUUGCGGUAUGUGAACUGGGCAUGCUCUUCUCAAGAGCAAAACCUCUUUCCACUGGAGAUCAACAGAGCUAUUUACUACAAAGUGUUAAGGCCAAUCGGACCGGACGAAGAACUUCUCGUGUGGUACAAUGGGGAAGACAAUCCUGAGAUAGCAGCUGCAUUAGAGGAAGAAAGGACUAGCAACCUGAGCAAGAAGAGUUCACCUAGAGCAAAGCGAGCAAGGAAGAAACUGUCGGAAAAAGCCAGGCAGGCUGAUUUGGGUGGAUUCUGUGAACCGAAGAAAUCGAGUGCCUCUGAACCCUCAAUCGCAGAGAUGCGGGACUCAGAGGAAGGGAUUAAUGGUGAGGAAAGACCCCCUUCACCUUCAGAGUUGCAACAGGAGAAUGCAGCUUCCCAGUCGUCUUCUACGGAAAAUGAAAACCCUGUCCAGUCUCAUACAACAGACAUGAACCAGAGGGAAGGAUUGGAUGAGGAAAAUGCAGAGAAUGAAGGACAACUUCAGCAACCACAGUUAAAUCAAAGCCCACAGCAUCCCUCUAAGGUAGAAUCAGUUGAUGGGAAUGAAAAGUCUCUCCUGCAUUUAUGCUCAGGCAGCCCUGCAGAAGAAAGCUCUGAGAGUCCGCUGUGUGAUACAGAGUAUAUAUCUUUAGCGAAUCCUGAGUUGGAGGCCGAGGGGGAUUUUGAGGAUGACCCCCAAGGAGGAACGUACCCCUGUCAGCAUUGCGAGCGACAUUUCUCCACCAAACAAGGCCUGGAACGCCACACUCACAUUCACACUACUUCAAACCAUCAAACUCAUACUUUUAAAUGCCGGUACUGUGCCAAGCCCUUUGGCUCUCAGGUAGGCAGGCGCAGACAUGAACGUAGACAUGAAAAUGGGAGUAAAACUUUAAAUAGGCCCGGAUCACUUAGCGGAACAACGUUCCUCCACAGUCCCACAGCACCCAAUGAUUCUGCUACCUCUGGCAGUGCAUCCUCUCCAAGCCAUUCAGUCAUUAUGAACACACAGAACCGUCCACCUCAGCAAACCUCUGACAGUUUGAAAAAAGAGCCUGGUGCUGAAUCUGACCGACCUUUUAUAUUGAAUGAGAAUGGGGAGUCAAAAGAGCUUCAUCCUUGCAAGUACUGUAACAAGGCUUUCGGCACACACACCAACAUGCGCAGGCACCAGCGCAGAAUCCAUGAGCGGCAUCUAAUGCCAAAAGGUGUUCGACGGAAAGGUAUGUUCCUGCAAGAUGGCUCCUCCCAUCAGCAGCAGCAUGAACAAGGGCAGCCUUUUUCGCUCCAGGAAGAGUCACCAAGUGCCAGUCCACCACCAAUUUAUGUGCCCAGUGUGGAGACUGAGGAUGAAGGAGAGAGAGAGGAGUGUAUGGUUGAUAUCUCUAACAACAUUUCUGAAAAUCUCAGCCAUUACAUUGAUGGAAAGAUCCCAUCUACAAGCACAGUGAGCAACUGUGAGUUCAUUGAGGUUGAUUCAAGCACUGCAGCGUUGUUUGGCCUUGAUGCUCUCAUUCUAAGUCCUAAACAAGUUACUCAUGCUCUUAAAGUUGAAACACAGACUUGUCCAGUGAAAGAAGUUUCAUGCGUAGCUCAGACAGCUUCUAAAAGACGAACUGCUACACCACCACUGCUGCCUGUUGUGAAAAUGGAAACAGAAAUGGUGUCCUCCUCUUCCUCCCUGUCCUCCCCUUCCUCUCAGUCCUCUUUGUUGGUAGGAAACAUUUUCUCCCAGUCAAAUGAAACGUUAGCUGUUCAGAAGGAGAAAACGGUUUAUCUCUCUCCAAAACUCAAACAAUUACUACAGGCCCCGGAUGGUCAGAAACCAGCCAUAGGUCUAAUUACAGAUAGCCAUAGAUUGACCACCCCGCUUUCCGUAACUUCACUGCCUGCUGUCCAAGGAAAGUUUAAAAGAAGAACUGCCUCCCCUCCCACAACUUCACAGAGUAGCCCGCCACAAAUAAAUGACAGCAUAAGCUCUGCAACUGGGGUUUCAUGCUCUCUGAAGGUGCCAAAGAUUGAAAGCCAUUGCAUGACACAUUCCUGGAGUUUGUCCAGCAAAGAUCAUGGGGAUGCUGUGAGCCUUACAGGAAAAGACUGGUCUCCUUCAAGAAGUGGGGGGAAUUCUUGCAAUCAGCAGCCGCUUGACCUUUCGAAUUCCUUCAGUAAAAAAGACAAUAGUGUAAGCAAAGGCUCUGGAGAGGCUGUGCUUGACUUAAGUAUGAACCGUAAAAGUCCCGUCGACCAUGAAGUAAAGAAAAGUUCAGCCACACUAAUGCCACAUGUGAAAAGAAAGAAACCCAAUACCAGCAUUUUAGAGAAAGUCUUAAUGAACGAGUAUGCUGGCCUAAACUCACCUGGAGAUGAAGGAUCCAAUACUCUUGGAAGCCCUGACGUUCUUUCAUCUUCUGAGAGUGCCACAUGUAUUGGCCCCUCUAGUCCCGGAUCAGGAUCAGAGCGCCUUCCUUGUGAAUCAGCCUCUCCUCCUUCUCUGACCCCUAUGACUAUUAAUCCAUCCUCUCCGUCUUCAUCUAGUAUAGCAUCAUCUACACCCCCUCCUCCAGUCUUACCCACUAUCCCAUCACCUCCACAUUUAUCAUCACCUUAUCUUCGGAUGUCAGAUGCCUCUUCACCUGCCUCUUUUCCUGUGUUGUCCCCUAAAAUGCCCCCUAAGGCAGGUGAUAGUUUAGAGGAAGUGUCGAAUUCAUCUGCUUUAACAGAAUCAUGCCAUGAUACAUUAAAUUCCAUUGUUAAUGAAUCAGACCAAGCUGCUGAGCAGUUAGACCCUGCGAUUUCUCCACUGCCUCAGGAUGCAAAAAGACAUUGUACAGCAGAUUCAUCUUUAAAGUCAGAAACACUAAAUGAGGGCUCAACCCAUGAUUCUAAGCCUCAGUUUUUAAGAAAUGCCGAGCAAGCAGGUUCUUCUCACCGAAAGUGGGAUACUGCUUCUGAAACCAGCCAAAGCCAUUCCUGUGAAGGAACUUUCCCUCAAGACCUCAAUAAUAAAACAGAAGGCCGACACAAAUCAAAGUCUCCGCUUUCUACAGUACAAUCAACUCCUGAAAAGGAGUCCUCCUCACCGACCUUCCUCAGAGAAUUGCAUUCUCCGCAGAAAAGUUCAUUGGUUGAUAAGUUGGUUGUAGAGGCUAUAGUGAAAAAAGAGGGGGCGGUUGAUAUAACUGCAAAUGGGGGUAACGCUUCACCUGGAACUCCACCCAGAAGUUCUGAUGAGUUUGAGACACCAGAGCGGGAGACUUUUGUUAAGAGUUUUGUGUGUAACGUCUGCAAAGAGCCAUUUCGCUCCAUCAAAGACCUUAGUGGCCAUAUAAUAGAGCAUGCGUCAGAGUGGCCUUUUAAGUGCGAGUUUUGCGUGCAGUUAUUUGGUAACGCCACUGCGCUCCUCGAGCACCGCUCCUCUCUCCAUGGGGUAGGAAGAAUUUAUAUUUGCUCCAUUUGCUCAAAGGAGUUUGCUUUCCUCUGCAAUCUCCAGCAACAUCAAAGUGACCUACAUCCAAGUCAGAGUUGCACUCACACUGCCAUUGAAAACGGGAAGCUCAGACCUCAGAAUUACACGGAUCCUGCAUACGCAAAUGUGGAGAAAGAUGCUGUUCUUUCCUCAAUUGCUGGAGCUACCUCUGAGGAUUCUUCGGAGGAGCGCAACAGUGACACUAAAAAGGUAGAAGAGGAGGAAAAUGGCCAUGAGGACCCUACAGAAGAACUAUACACUACAAUAAAGAUUAUGGCCUAA